GACGUGCCUGCCCUUUGUGCAGUCGGAUUUUGGAAGGUGGAAAAUACAUUAUUUAUAAAUAGUUUUCCUGCAUGUUUAUGAAAUAUUAAAUACAGUUUUCGUCCUACAUUUUCAAAUGAGGUCUUUGCGCUUCUUCGUUUUGCUUGUCAUUGUGUAUUGAGUGUAUGCUGCCCGGUUGUGUGUUUAUGGAGGGAAAUGUAGAGUAGUAAUGUGUCCGUGUGUUGUUGCAGGUUUAUCUGUUGACCUGCCGUGCCAUUAGGACUAUUCAUUAAAAAAGUUCUUUGUGUUGUUGUGUUGCCACUGUGGGUGUUUGUUGAAGAUAAAGCCAGAGAGUUCUUUCUGCUUGAAUGCCGUCGAUCUGUAAUUCUCGUGGAAGAUACGGGUGAUUAGUUUGUGUGCUUACUGAAGGCAGAAGAUAAAGUCGUUCUAGUAGAGCUUAUGUAAUACACACUACUCUUUUCCUCUGUGGUUUGUCCCAUUGUGUGUCUAUUGAAGGGUAAAUCAUGAAUACAGUAGGCACUGAAUGCAGAUGACUUAGCAAGUUCUUGUUGGAUUUCUCUGUGCUUGUGGGUCCAGACAGAAGACCAUCUCAUGUACCUUAGUGCUGCCUCUGUCUCCUGCGAGCAAGAAACAUGCUGAUCCAGGUCCAGCCCAGCCAUCUGACAGAUGCUCAUCUUUCCUUGCACAGCGCCAAACCCUCCAGUCUCCACCAGAACCUUCUGCCAUCUGAAUUCAUGACUGAGAGACCUUUAAUUACAACUGAACAAGACUUAACUGCUCUUAACCACACCGAGAAGGCUGAUUGUGGAAAAGAGAUUUUACUUUAUGGCGACACAGAGAAAAUAGUCAUCGGGGUGGUGUUGUCCAUCUUAACGUUGUUCACAAUUGCUGGCAAUGCCUUGGUGAUUAUCUCGGUCUGCAUAGUCAAAAAACUCAGGCAGCCGUCCAACUACCUGGUGGUUUCCUUGGCAGCGGCUGAUCUCUCUGUGGCAGUGGCGGUUAUGCCUUUCGUCAUCAUCACGGAUCUGGUAGGAGGAGAAUGGCUCUUUGGGAAAGUCUUCUGCAAUGUGUUCAUUGCCAUGGAUGUAAUGUGCUGCACGGCUUCCAUUAUGACCUUGUGUGUCAUCAGCGUGGACAGAUACCUUGGAAUAACUCGUCCUUUGACGUAUCCCGCCAGACAAAAUGGGAAACUCAUGGCUAAGAUGGUAUUCAUUGUUUGGCUUCUGUCCGCUUCCAUAACUCUUCCGCCAUUAUUUGGGUGGGCAAAAAACGUAAACGUGGAAAGGGUGUGUCUGAUAAGCCAAGACUUUGGCUAUACCGUCUACUCAACUGCGGUGGCCUUUUACAUCCCCAUGACGGUCAUGCUUGUCAUGUACCAGAGGAUUUUUGUGGCUGCCAAAAUCAGUGCCGAGAAGCACAAAUUUGUGAACAUCCCGCGGCUUUAUGAGCAAGAAGGGAUAUACUGCUUAGAGGAGAAGCUCCCACCUAAGAAGAUUUCCAAAAGGAAUAAAGCAGUUGAAGAGUUUGCCACCUUGUCCAAGCUCAUACGCCAAGAUCGGAAAAAUAUCUCCAUCUUCAAACGAGAGCAGAAGGCGGCUCGAACACUGGGAAUUAUAGUCGGGGCCUUCACCUUUUGCUGGUUGCCCUUCUUCUUGUUGUCUACUGCUCGGCCGUUCAUCUGUGGUAUCAUGUGCAGCUGCAUGCCCCUCAGACUGGAGAGGACUCUUCUGUGGCUUGGCUACACCAACUCUCUCAUAAACCCCUUGAUCUAUGCCUUCUUCAACAGGGACUUGAGGACUACCUUCUGGAACCUCCUGAGAUGCAAAUACACCAACAUAAACAGGAGGCUUUCGGCGGCCAGCAUGCAUGAAGCACUGAAGGUCACAGAGAGGCAUGAGGGCAUUCUGUAGCCCACUAACAUGACUGGGAAAGUUUUCAGGAACCUCAAGAAGCCUACAAAGAUAUCCACCUACUGCCCAGCGCACAUGAGAGGGGGCAAUGAAAAAUGUUUUUGAAUUAUUUAUUAAAACUAUACCGCUGAAAUGUGAAAAUUUUUUGCAGUACAAAGAAAUGCAAUAUUUACUUGAAUUCAAUUUUUUUUCCAAAUUCACGACAAUUCUUGGGAAAUUAAUUGGAUUCGUUACUUUCCUUCAUCGCUGCGGUUGUACAGGAAAGCAACCCAGUCACAUAUAGACUUUACAUAAGGAAAAUCUUCACCAAAGUGUUUUUUUUUUUUCCGGCAAUACAUCUGUGUUUUCUUAGCGCAUUUCUCUUAAAAAAUCUGUUCCCUGUCUACAGUGAAUAAUUAGCACCACGAGCUAUGGGAAUGCAUGGAAAUGAAUAUCGCUUCCCCUGAUCAGGAUCAGAAUCAGAAAGGGUUUUAUGGGACCAUAAAGAACAUUCAUGUAAAUAGACGUGAUUACAACUGAACUCAAACUGAAACAGACACUGAACUGAGUAUUGUGUUUUCGUUUGUGAUUUUGAUUAAAAGGAUGCAAACCCUGUACAGUAAAACUCUAGCAUUCUGCUAUGUUCAGAUAAUAAGUGCUUUGAGCUAGGAAAUGUGUAAGGUUUGGGGUUAAAACCCCUAUUUAAAAAGCUGCUCUACCUGGAAUAUUGCUGCUGAAUUUUGUUUAGUACAGGUUAUUACCCAUAGGCACUGGGAGGGGUGUGUAAUUAGCUGAUUAAAGACCUUUUACAGUGUUCCAGUUCCAUAUAUAAUACCCCAAAACACAUGGCAGGGUCAAUACAGUGGCAAUUCAACAUAUAUUUCCCCCUGGAACACCUAGUAGUAUAAUUACAGUGUUAAUUUUAUGUAAAAUAACCCCCAGAACAUAUAGCAGGAUAAAUGCCUAUGGGUAUUCACCUGUAUUAUCCUCUAUCUUAUUUGCUGAAGAGAAAUUCAUUGAUUUUGAUUUAUGGGGCUUAUCGGCAUAUUUAUCAAGUAGUGAAAUUAGAGUUCGCCGCAGUCCACUAGAGUCAAAUAUUUAAAAUGUUUCUGGGAGUUUUGGGAACAUAUUUGUCAAUGGGUGAAAGCAAGAGCUCACCAUUUUCUGAAUAUGCUUCUAAAAUCCCAAACAGGCCCAGACCUGCUCCCCAGAUUGAUUUGCAUGCACAACUGGUGGCUUAGAAGUUGGGAGGAGGCCCCCAGUGACUGCCAGGAGGGCCCUUCAUGUUGCAGCCCCAGUUGGCUCCCAAUGCUCCAGUUGGACCCGGAUCCCAUAGAAAUUCUUAUAUACUGGCGAGAGGGGUAAAUUCACUCUUCGAUAAAUCUGCCCAUAGGCCUCCUAAGCCAUUGGCCCAUGGCAAAUAUCUCAAGUGACGUUGAUGUUAUAGGGAAAGUCACAGGGAAAAUUCUGUUACAGUAGUAAAAUAUUACUUUUAAAAAAAUCACUUCAAUAGCAUUUCAAUAACUUAAAGAAAAUAAUGGACAGCAAAACAUCUCCAAAUAUAAGAAAAAAAAUGGAAUUUCAACACUGCUGAGCUGCCAAACAAAUGUUGGGGAUAUUUUUGGUCAAACUCAAUAUGACAGUCCUUUGUAAAUAUGCAACAGUCAAAAAAUAUCAACGUUGAAUCACAUCAGAAUGGUUUCCGCUGGAGUUUUAGAAAUCAUCUGAAUUCUUCAGAAUCAUCAGAAAUCUGUCAAUUUCAACUAAAUGUAUUUUUAACGUCCGUGCUUUUACAAAUAGCGGCCAAAGAUUUGCCUUUUCUAGAAGGUUCUCUUUUACCACUUGAGGAACAUGGUUCUGUACUAGAUGAUGAAAACAAUUAGGAGGUUAUUUACUAAAAUCUGAAUUUAUCAAAUAUUUUAUUUAAAAAAAAAAACACAACCAAACUACAAUGCCU